GACAACUUGGUUAUGAUGCAUAUAUGCUUACUAGCUAUAGCCCUCAUAGCAAGGAAUAAAUUACAUGUACGCUCCUCUGGGUGUUGAUUCGGAUAGCAGUGGAGAGGAAACCACUCCACCUACGCCCGCACCACCUCGGCCUCCAAAACCCCAAUUUAAAUUCAAGUCGCUUUUCGCCUCGACCAAAAAGCUGGAAGCGAGAGUGCCGAGACGAGCAGAAGAACUGAAGAAGGACGAACAAAAAGAGCCGCCGACAUUAGAGAAGAAACGAGUGAGGAUAUUUGCCAGAGACUUGCUGAGUAGGCAGAAGGGGAGCAAGACGGAGGAGAGUCUGACGAUGACAAGGGGAGAAAGGGUCGAACCAGACCCAACAUAUGCUGAAAAGAUCAAGCAAGACGACAAGGAUAAGUUGGAGCCAGUGCGUUCGACAGAACAAGCCGCAAUCAAUCCAGUGGCCAGCGAAGUGUUGGUACUUCUACGACAGCUCGUAGCUGAGAGUCACGCGACAAACAAAAACACUGACUCAGAGCCCAAGGCGGACUCCGCCAACCAAGAAAUGAAUGAGGAAUUUUCUACGAACGAAGCCGACCCGGAAAAGAAAGUUGACCUUCCUGCGCCAGAGGUCAUUACUGUUACUGACAGGAAAGAUGAAAAGCCAAUUGACGCCAAGCCUAUCCAGGAGGCACCCGCCCUUCAAUAUAACGCAACGAGUCAUCUUCCACUACAAGAUCCAGCUAGAGAACAGCAUCAUCUUGUGGACAACUAUUUUGCAAGUUUUGGCCCUCCACUUGCCAAUAACAUCCGGUUGCCUGAUACAUCGGUGAACAGACCGUGUCAUCAGCAGCUGCCUCAUAUGGUCUCUCCAUAUGGAUGUUAUCUUCAACUUCCCUGUCGUUAUCCAUGGAUGACAUACCCUCCAGGUCCGCAAUGGUGGUCCCUUGGUUAUCACUCCUCAAGUGAUGUGCAAAACACAGCCACAAAGCUCAGCUCUCCUGCUCAUCCUACCCUCGUUGGCCCUGUCAUCUUAGAAUCAUGUAUAUCCCCGCUCAAAACGUAUGUACAAAAGUACGAAGCCGUAUGUAACCAAGCUUUAAAAAGUUAUAAAGGAGAAGGUCCGGAACAGGGCGAAAGAACACGACGGAAUGAAGAAGCGAGAAGCGCAGAGAGGAGGUUGAGGCAGGCCAUCCGGGCUUUGCAGGACACGGAGCUGGAAACCGGGGACGAUAGUGAUUCGAAUGAUCCAAGGUCAAGUGAGAGGAAGGAAAUUAGAGGAGGUCAGAACGAACUUUCGAAAAAGACCAACAGCCCAUUGAAAACCGAACAUGCAGGACAUGAAGGCAAGAGUGAUACGACUCCUGCUGCAGACAAUACCGCCAAAUUUACUCCCACCCCAUAUUCUACUGUAUCAAAUGAAUCAACGGCUCUCAAGGCACUUGAAACAUAUGUUUUAGAGUAUCGGCAAAAUCACAAUAGAGCCAUCAAAAAGUACAAAACGUCUGAGAAUGGUGAUGAGAGGAAUCGGAUGAAAACCACAGUGAAGAAGACAGAAGGAAAAUUACGAAUAGCUAUGCAGGCCCUCGAUACUGCUAAACGGGAUCAGGGGGGUCUCGCAAAUGGUAAAAAUGAAGAGGAGGUACAGCAGAGACCCGACAACGACAAAGGCAGGGUAAUUGAUGACGUCCAAGAAACCCAUCUGCCAUCUGCAGAGAAAGAAGCCUUGGUGGAGAAGAAGUUUAAUAAAGGGAAACGCAGGGCCGUCAAUGCCAAGCUAAAAGCCGAAGAAGCAAGAAGAAUCAAAGAGAACAAAGGGGAGGGACAAUUUUUUCAGACAAUGCCUAUGGAUAUAGCUCGUCCGGUUCAAGAGCCAGUAUUUGACGUUUUGAUGGAUGAAAGUGUGGUAGGAAAUGAGGACAAGGACGAACCAUACCUCCCGGAUCAUUCCUUGGGCGAUCAACGUUUUCCCAACAUCAGUCAUUCAGCUGUCGACAUAGCAAUCCAGUGCCAAGAUGAAAAGCCAACAAAAAAACCUCUGAUUGAAACGAAAUCGCCUGAAGUAUUGCCUCCGGCUCCUUUUCCUCGAUUGUACGACAAACCCCUUCCCGAAAACAUUACUAGUGAACAAGACAAAGCGAUCAAGCACUACAAAAUCAAAUAUGCUGCCAUUGCCAAGGCUUUGAGUGGAGCUUCUUUGAUGCAUGAAGAAAAGCUGGAAAUGAUGAAAGAGGCAGAUAGGGUGGAGAAGAAGAUUAAAGCGCUCAUGGAUGAGGUCGAAGUAAAUAAACAAGGGCGCAAAGCAAAAGACGUCAUCAAGGAAGCGAGAGGCUCUAUAACAAAACAGAUCAGCGACAAGAAGGACGCUGAAGCUACCGUUUCCGUGCCCCAACAUGAAGGCGGUGCUCAUUCGAAGGCAUCAUCGCCUCCAUCGUCGUUCGUCACCGAAACCAAUGAUGCCCCAGAAGCAAUUUCGAUCACGGAUAAAGGCAAGCUCCUCGUCCAGUGCAAGUCAAAGUACUCGAAACUCACCAAGUUUAUCAAAGAGGAUGACUUGACUGCUCAUGAUAAGCAAUUGCACAUUAAAGAGGCCGACAAGCUGAAGAGCAAGGUCAAAGGUCUGAAAAUUGAGAUCGAGCCAUCCCAGGCUGCUGUUGUUGGAGAGGAGGAAAUGAAAAUUAUCAAGGGCGAUGGGGAUCCGCCGGUCAAUGAGGAGAGAGAUCAAAUGGAGAUGGUGGAUACUGAGGCUUUUUUGAAGCUUUUCAAAGUCAAGCACUCAAAACUAGCCAAAGCAGCCAAUGACGACACCGUUGAAGAUGACACAAGACGGAAAAGGAAAGCCAAAGCUGAAAGGCGAGGGUUGGUAGCCCAAAUAAUGAUGGAGACCAUGAAUAAGGGUGAAAGCGAAUGUAAAGGGCAAGCGGCGGUCGAUGAAGCUGAGGGAGACCCCAAAAGCGGGAAAGAUAAUAGCGGGCUUAAGAAACAGGCCCAGAUCUUAUCACAGGGCGUGUCUCUCAAAAAGGUUGAGAGGGCUAUUUGGCAAGGGAAGGAAGAACGACCCACUGAAGAAAUAAAGAAUUUAACCACGGAAAAAAAAGAGCCCCGGCAAUGUCCUCCUUCGGAUUGUGAGAUAGAUCCUUGUGGCAAAAAGUGGCUACCUUGGCAGGUAACCAGCAGCAAAACACCAGUGAAUAAUAAUGCCACCAGGUCAGAACCAGCAAGUGCGAUACUUUCCAAGGAUCGCCAUUUCACCCAGCCCGAACCUAUCAAGCCAAUAGCAAGCCAUAAGUCAGCAAUAAAUGCUCUCAAUAUCUCUCAUUCCCCUUUAAAGCCGACACAGAUGACGCAGGAUGAUCCAGAUGAUAACUUUAGUUGCAAACGAUCGCCAGCGGCAAUUACAAAAGUAAUUGGAAAUUCGCCAAAGGCAUCUCGUCAGGUCUCUUUAACAUCGAGUGGCCACCGACCACCUCCGCUCACAAUCCCACUUCAGCGCAAUGAAUGGGUAGAUUCUGAUACUUCCUCGUCACAGAUCGUUGCCUUCGAUUUACCCUCUUUCUCUCACGACCAUCAAAGCGAGCGUGACCACGAAUCUAGUCCAUCAGAGUAUUCCCAAUCCUCUGCUUACUCCUUCUCUUCCAUGAUUAGCGACUCUACUGUCAAGUCUGAUCGUUUAGUUUUACGACUUCUCGCUCAAACUGAUAGCGGACCGAUGCUUGUGCACCAUGAUACGAGAGAUGGCGUCAAUCACUAGUCUUCUCAGAAGAGCCUCGCGAGAAUGGGAUAAAGAGAGCGGACAAACAAAGUGCUGUAUGUUGAAGUGCUGUUAGUUUUUGGGAUCCUUGUCCCUGUUAGAUUAACGAGAUCAGAAUGGUUGAGAGUGUGAACGGAAGUUCCCUCGAAGCGCUGUCGAUAAUGACACCAUGUCCAUCUAAUUUAUAAUGAACU